UGUCACUGCAGUGGCUGCUUGUAGUGCCAGCGAGUGGUAUGCCGCCUGCGGCUUAUUAGUGGUAAGGCCCUGUCGCUCCCUCUCUCCGACUACUUGCUAGUACCUACCACGUCUACCACUCCAGACUCGCCUUCUCUCCUCUUUCUGUCCCAAGUCGGUGCCAAGCCCAACACCGCCUGCCAGGAUUGAAAAUAGCAAAUCCGCCAUCUCAUCCCGCAGUUCAACUGUCUUGAGAUCUCUCUGCGAUCGAUAUCCGCCUUCUUUGUAUCUCUUGCCAUCUGGCAGUCUGUCCCGGCUCUUCACCGACGCGGUUUGUUUAUUCAAGUCACCGCGAAAAACCGUCAUCCCAGCCACCCGAACCUGUCACGCCCUGCGUCUGGAAAAGAACUUCCCUCACGGCAGCCAGUCUGUUCCACAGACACCCGCGCGCGAUAAUACGUCCUCGUAUUCUGCCUCGAAGCGUUCUCUCGCGCAAGCUUCAUCGCCUGGACACAAGUCUACUCGGGACACCCUCGUCGAGCCGUUCUCUGGCUGCCUCAAAAGACGAACAUCGGAUCUGAGUAGUGGCGUUCCUACAGUACCUUACGAACAUCGCUUUUUCGUUUUUCGACCUCCCCGACCGGAUCUGGUCGGUGCCCUUCUCCCUCCCCCUGCCCCGCCCGCGGCAAACCCACCAUGGCCGACCAGAAUGAGGUGGAUUUAGACUCUGUCAUCGACCGUCUUCUAGAAGUAAGAGGCAGCAGGCCAGGCAAACAAGUGCAGCUGCUUGAAACUGAGAUCCGCUACUUGUGCACAAAGGCGAGAGAAAUCUUCAUCUCGCAGCCCAUACUACUGGAGUUGGAAGCUCCAAUCAAGAUCUGCGGCGAUAUCCAUGGUCAAUACUACGAUCUCCUCCGACUCUUUGAGUACGGCGGGUUUCCCCCAGAAGCCAACUAUCUCUUCCUUGGCGAUUAUGUAGACCGAGGCAAGCAGUCCUUGGAGACGAUCUGCUUGUUGCUGGCGUACAAGAUCAAGUACCCGGAGAAUUUCUUCGUCCUGCGCGGCAACCAUGAAUGUGCCUCGAUCAACCGAAUUUACGGCUUCUACGACGAAUGCAAGCGCCGUUAUAACAUCAAGCUCUGGAAGACCUUCACUGAUUGCUUCAACUGCUUGCCGAUCGCUGCGAUCAUUGACGAGAAGAUCUUCACCAUGCAUGGAGGUUUGAGUCCAGACCUGAAUUCCAUGGAACAGAUCCGUCGUGUCAUGCGCCCGACAGAUAUCCCCGACUGCGGAUUGCUCUGCGAUUUGCUUUGGUCUGACCCGGACAAGGACAUCACUGGCUGGAGCGAGAACGACCGCGGUGUUUCCUUCACAUUUGGACCAGAUGUUGUGUCCAGAUUCCUGCAAAAACACGACAUGGACCUUAUUUGCCGAGCGCAUCAAGUAGUGGAAGAUGGCUACGAAUUCUUUUCCAAACGACAGUUGGUGACGCUCUUCAGCGCCCCCAACUAUUGCGGCGAGUUCGACAACGCUGGAGCCAUGAUGAGUGUCGACGAAAGUCUGCUUUGCUCCUUCCAGAUACUCAAGCCCGCUGAGAAGAAACAAAAGUACGUUUAUGGGUCAAAGGGCUCAGGCAGGACUACUACUCCGCCACGCAAAUCCAAAUCCUAGUCCAUGACCCGGGCUGAUUCGAAUGUUGUGAUAGCAGGUUUGGAAGAAGAUAGGGUCACCUUCUGGCUUCCCCGUCGCAACGGUCUCGUCGUCGAACAACCAUGUCUCCUUCCCACGGAUCCGAAGCGAGUGACCAUACGCCUCUACUCAAAUAGCCCAACUGUUCCGGCCAGCCACCCCUUUUUUGGAACUUGAAAGGAUUCAAAGAUUUGUACGCCCAUCAUCCAUACGUUUACGAGCUUGUUCGGACAUGACCGACACGGCCUGACUCGAAUGAACGAAUAUCAACACGACAUAAUCAUGGACGAACUCAGGAGCAGAACCCCCGUUUCGAAGCCUCGCCGAAGUCGAGUCCGAACAAGAAAACCCCUGGAAUGUUUUAUGUAUGGCUUGCUUAUGGUCGAGGGCUUACGGACGGCAGGUUUUUGGUAGGAUGCCUGUGGACUGUGGGAGUGACAGAGCUCUUUCCUUUUCGAUCGCGAUGAACUGGUCCACUCCAAAUUUCUAGCACGCAUCUCAUUUUUCCAGCUGCCGUUUGAGAGUUGCGUGGGGGAAGAAGGGGGCGAUGCGACUGGUCCGGCGCCUUGCGCAUUUUUAUUCUCCUGUAACAUGCAAUGAGAUGGGUGUUUAUGAUGGUUGAUGGGUCGAAACGCGCAGAUGAACCUUAUUCUUGCGCGGCAUAGCGUCUAUAACACGCAUUGCCUUGCAGUCCAGACAGACAGACAGACAUCCAGAGCAAGAAAGGGAUACGAGUAUGUUUUGAAUUGUCAGCAAUAGUAGAAUUUUUGCUUUUGCCUUUUUUCCUCCUG